UUGACAUUACAGGGUGAGCGAUGGGUUGAUUACUUUUCGCGGUUUGAAAAAGUUACAAAAAUGGUUCAAUUACUUUACAUAGUCGCUAGUAUGCACGUUUUGUUAUGUCCGUUUACUAAAGUUGAAGAGAGUUUCAAUAUUCAAGCCGUUCACGACAUCCUAUAUCAUCGACAUAACCUCACGCAGUAUGAUCACAAUGAGUUUCCGGGCGUGGUGCCGCGAACCUUCAUCGGUCCUUUUGUCAUUGCCGCGGUAUCGGCGCCAAUUGUGAAUUUUCUGUACUUGUUGGGGAUAAAUAAGUUUUGGACACAAUAUGUUGUGAGGCUGACAUUAACUUUGGCCGUUCUAGUGACAUGGAGCCGAUUGCGCAGCGCCCUACAAAAGCAGUUUGGCAACACAUUCGCCUGGUGGUAUACUAUCAUCACUGUCACCCAGUAUCACUUUAUGUUUUAUAUGAGUCGACCUUUGCCCAACAUCAUGGUUUUGCCACUUGUGUUACUAGCAUUUGAAGGUUGGAUUUUGGGUAAACACAAGCAAUUUAUCAUAUCAGCCGGAGUUGGUAUCAUCAUCUUCAGAGCUGAACUGGCGAUGUUGUUUGGCCUCUUCCUCAUCAUUGACUUGCACUUUCAGAAGAUUGAUGUUAAGACAGUGUUGAAGAUAGCGAUUCCUGCAGGAGUGGGGUUGGUAGCAUUGACAGUGGUGGUAGACUCUUUGUUCUGGGGACGACUGCUGUGGCCCGAAGCUGAAGUGUUCUGGUAUAACACCAUUAUGAACAAGAGCUCUGAUUGGGGGACAGCACCAUUUCUCUGGUACAUAUACUCGGCUCUCCCGCGUGGUUUGGGCCCUAGUCUCCUGUUGAUACCAGUGGGCGUGUACUUGGAACGGCGACUGGUACCGAUGGUGGCCCCGGCCAUAGUGUAUAUCCUGUUGUACUCCUUCCUGCCACACAAGGAGCUCCGGUUCAUUAUCUACGUGUUCCCACUGCUCAAUAUGGCGUCUGCUGCGGCCUGCUCUUACGUAUUUAUCCGUCGUAACAAGGCACCUAUCUUCGAGCUGCUAUUCAUAGGCGUGAUCGGCGUGGUGGUCGCCAACGUGAUUAUGGCUGCGGCGUUCACUAUGGUCGCGAUGACUAACUACCCUGGCGGUGUGGCGAUAACCAGAUUCCACAAAAUCCUGAAAAACGAGCCGGAUGUGAACGUGCACAUCAGCAACCUGGCGGCGCAGACGGGCGUGACGCGCUUCACGCAGAUCCACGACCACUGGCAGUACAACAAGACCGAGAACCUCGGCCCCCAGCACCUCAUGCACUUCACACACCUCAUCAUCGAGGCCAAGAGCAAGUACUCAUCCAACCUCAAAGCCUUCUCUAGAACCCACGUCGUAUUGGAUCACGUCGAAUCUUUCUCUCAGAUAGUCGGCACAUUUAGUCUUUUCCCCCCAAUAAAAAUAAAAACCAAACCAGCUUUGUUUAUAUUAGAAAGAAAAGCUUACCGGGACUAUCCAGAAGGCCCUGCAGUGGAUGAUGAUGAUGAAGAAAUGGCCUUAAACGACCUUAUUUCGCGAGCUAGAAUUGAGUUGGCUCCACCGGAUGAGAUAUUUGAUUUUGAAAGAGUUGCAAAGGAAAUGUACGACGAACAAACUAGAAUGGCCGAAAAAGCAGCUAAAGUUAGAUCGGGAGAAGAUAAAGAAGAAAAGGAAGAAGAAGAAAUUCCAACGACCGCUACUGAAACAAUGGUGGACGGUGACGAGGAUGAAGUUGAACAAGAGAGUCGUAAAGUAAAAGCCAAAAAAGCUAUUGAUGAACUUAAAAGUCUGAGGCAAGAGAGGAAGAAAAAAGCUAUAGCCAAAAUCAAGUCGGAAACUCGUAAAGAAGUCGUUGCUUCAGCCAAGGAGAAGUUGAAAGAAAUAAUGAAACGUCACAAACAUAUCGCAGACGAACUUUCAGAAAAUAUUAUAGCUAGUGUUGAAGAAGAGAAGCCAGAGAGGGGCGAUAUACCUGAGACAGAAGAUACCGCUCCGAUCGAACAAGUAGAAGCAACUGAAGACAUAACAGAAACUGAACAGCAAAUAGAUGAACAGCAAGAAGAAAAAUCUGAGGAGAAAAUUGAUAUCGUUGACACAAAUAAUCGCACAAACGAAAAUAUAGACUCUAUUGUGGAAGAGGUGAUAGCAAGACUUAUAGAUAGGAAAAUUUAUGAUGAUAAGACGAAACCCGAAGACAUUAAAGCGGAAGACCGACAGAUGAUACAAAAGAUUGUUGAAGAAGUGCUGUCGGAAAGAAUGAACUAUACAAAUGCAGAAUCCAAAUGAAUUCCCAUGUUUCAUUGAUAUAUCUUGGAUGUACUUUUAAAAAGAUCUCUAAUAAUCUUACGAAUUAUGAAAGUGUGAUGAAUCAUUAGGUAAGAAACGUGGGUGCCAAUUUUUAUUUUAUAAGGAUAUUGGCCCCGAUUCCUGCAGACAUCUCUUAAUUUUACUUUAAGUUAUACCUGUCAUUUUCUUAUCCGCCGAAAAGGAAAGGGACGGAUGAUUGACAGCUCUUAAUUUUAGGAAGAAUGAGUAAAUAAAUGAAUAACCCGGGCGAAUUUUUAGACGGUUGUUUUAGAUUUGUGCUUAAAAUUGACGUGUGUUCCAUAAAUUUUAUGCUUGUCGAUUACCCGUCCCUUUCCUUUUCGGCGGAUAAGAAAAUGACAGAUAUAACCUAAAAUAAAAUUAGAUGGUAUUUACAGGAAUUAGUACCAUUGUUGUACAAGCGUGUAGGUUGUUAUAAUAUCGAUCGAACUGAAUAUGAUAUGGGUCAUAGCAUUUUCAAAAUCAACUAAGUAUUUAUUGCAUUUUGUUAAUAAGGUACGGAUAAUGUAUUUGUCGAUAUGUCAGUACAUUUCAGAAUAGGAUUCCUUCUCAUACAACUGGCAAGUACUUGAAUAGCGAGCAGCACAGGCGACGCUAAUUUAAUCGACAGUUUGACCAAUACACACAGAGAACGCUACCUACGUGCAUAAACGUCGUACGACUAUUGGUCGAAGCCCUCGAUAUAAUUCGUGCUGCGCGCGCAGAUGUACUUAUUACAGCAAAUCCACCUAAUUCAUAUUUUUAACUCUGGAUGUUAGAUAAUAUUCUUGGUGUCAACAUACAGCUCAAUGUUUUAGCUCCAUGUUUAUAUCUGUUUAGCAACAUCUUACUAUUUUAUCGUAAUAAGUAUGUUCUAGUCAUAUCAUAUCAAAAGAAAAUAAAAAUAUGUAUAUGAAAUAAAUGUUACAUUAUAUAUUAUAAGAAAAAUAAAGGAUGAAUUUUUGAAUGUUUAAAA